CUAGUUAUUACACAAUGUUAUAAAACCUAAAAAAAAAAAUUUCAAACAACUUUUUCAGUCACUUUUCUACUGCUGUUUGACAUUGAAUUAAGUCUUUUUCUCUCUCACUGUGCCCAUGCAGUGCAGUUUGAGGGUGCUGAGUGGGACCGUUCCUGUUCUCCCACAGAGCGUCUGAGGUGUUCCAGGCCUCUGCCAACCACAGGCAGUAUGAAGCUACGCAAGCCCAACGAUCCUCAUUCCAUGAUCGGAGAGAGAGUGGAUCCCACCCUGCCCCUGGAGAAACAAGUAUGGUAUCACGGUGCUCUCUCGCGCUCAGAGGCCGAGUCUCUGCUGACCCUCUGUAAGGAGUGCAGUUAUUUGGUACGAAACAGCGAGACCAGUCGCUUGGACUACUCUCUCUCUCUGAGGAGCUGCCAGGGAUUCAUGCACAUGAAGUUCAGCCAGUCCAAAGACGGCCGCUAUAUCCUGGGCCAGAACAGCCCUCCAUUCGACACCAUCCCUGAAGUGAUCCACUAUUACACCACACACAAACUCCCCAUCAAAGGAGCCGAACACUUGUCCUUGCUCUUCCCUGUGCUAGUUCAGACUCUCUGAUUGGUCAGAGCACUGCAGUCCUCAUUGCUAUGGGCGGAAACAUACAGCCAAGGGAUAUGCCUUUGGGAAUGAAGAGUUCUUGGAUGAACGUUGCACUAAAUCAGCAACAACGUACACAAACUUUUUGGUCCCUUAUGUUUUUGAUUGUACAACAGCAUCUGGUUAAGGACAUCAACUUCUAAAACGGACAUGUCAGAUCAAAUUACAGUUAGAUCUGUUCACAUGCUAUUUCACAUUCUUGUUAACACUUUUCCAUCUCACCGAAUGACCCUUCUGUGAACCGUACUAAACUGGUGGCAGCAAGACCUGUUGCUUGUAGAGUCAUCUGCCUGUGUUAUUCUCUGCUGGGACGGUGGAAUAGCCACCGCUAAUGUUUAUUGAUCGAUUAGCAGCCUCUUAGGAUGAGCAGACGGGCCUCUGUAUUUUUAUAGCUGCUGUAAAAGACAUUUCCACACGGCCAUUUAUGACUAUCUGCUCUUUAAAGUUUGAAAAGCCUUUUGGUUCUAGUAAGGCCCUUGAGACCACACACAAAUGUUUGGUCCAUUCAAGACAGUAGUCCUCAGAAUGCCCUUUUAAUUCCUACAUUGUCUUUGUUAGACUUUGUCACUGUGCCUGGUCAUAGAUCAGUGCAUGUUGGCAACUUAUGUUGAGGAAAGUAGCUGAUUCUAACUGAUAAAGUCAAUGAUGUGAUGUAAUUGGUAUAUUAGGUCACCGGUACAGUACAGUGCUGAAAAUGUGUUUCUGUAGCUG